CACCUUUUGGGUGUACUCUGCCAAUAAACCUUAAAGAAGAAGUAAUGGAAGCGAACAUAGUUAUUAUUACAUAUGUGACGUAACACACUUUAGCUAGUGUUACAGCCUAGAAAGAAAAGUUCAACAACUGGUAAAGAAUCAAGCCAACUGGUAGUCUAAUAAACUGACGUCACUGCGAGUCGAACAACUAUUCAGCACAGCCUACAUUUCAGCAACUUCUUUUACGAUCGAAAAAGGCUGUCAACGCCUAUAUUGCUUGAAGAUCACAGACAAACAACCAGUAGGCAGUUGUAAUGGAAAAGUAGAAGGCUGAAAACACGUCAGGAUCAAAGGAGAAUCUCACCUCUUCUGAAAAACACUCUAAAACCAAAGAGCCAGCAGUGACAGUCUCUCAGACAAGACCUCAAAGAACAAACUGGUUGGAGCCAUGAACAAGCUGAAUCCUUUUAAAUCAACUCCCAAAAAGGACAAUGAAGAUACAAAGUUACUCGGGGACAAGGAGAGGCAGGAAGAGGAAAAGCAAAAAACUGUCAAAAGCAAUCUGAUGCAGAGAGAGAGGAAGGAGAGAACUGAAACACAGCCGGCAGUUCCUCCCAGACCCACUGAAGAGGAGCUGAAGGAUAUAGCCUUACAUGACAGACUGAAGAAGAGAGAGACGGACGACAAUCAGGCUAACCGUAAUAUGAUGCCGAGUGAGAGGAAAGGGAAAACUGCUGAAACUCCAGUGGUUCCUCCUAGACCCACAGAAGAGGAGAUAAACAGACCAGCCAGACGUGGUCAGCAAAAUACAAAAAAAGACAAUCCGGACCAAUGUGAUGAUGAAUGCCUUAAAGAGGGUGAAUCUCUCUUCCCGGUGGUAAAAGAGGAGGGAGAGGACAAGGACGAAGGAGAGGCCGUGGUUAAACCUACAGAUAGCACAUCAGCCAAGAUGCGAGAACCCACGAGACACAAUCCAUUCAUGCCACGCGGUGCUGGAGGCAAGGGUAAAACCAAGAAGCGUGAACCCCAGCAGGGAGCUUCAGGCAGUGACUCAACAGAGAACAAAGGUGGAAAUAAAUCAUUAUUCGACCAAUUGGAGGUAUUCCGUAUUAAUCCAGCGGAGCCAGAGCAGCAGCAGAAUAUGGAUAGCCUGAUGGAGUGGUGGAGCACAGUGGAGCAGUGGGAAGACAUGCCUCAAGAGGAUGACAUGACUGAAAAAGAGGAGGCCAAGGUGUUUGCAGUGACAGCUGAGAAGGUGCAGAAAGGUAUCCGUGUGUUCAACAAGCUGUUCUCAGAGCGUGCAGAGAGCCUGUGGCAGCACGUCAUUGACCUUAACAGCAUUGCAGACGCCCUCGACUGUUUCAACAAGAAGACUAAGAUCGCUCAAAUCACUGGCGGUUCCACCAGUGCGGUAGGAGGCGUAUGUACCAUUGUAGGCCUCGCCCUGGCCCCUGUCACCUUCGGAACCUCCCUGAUUGUCACGGCGGUGGGGCUGGGCGUGGCCACGGCGGGCGGCCUCACCACGGCUGGAGCCGGAAUCUCCAACACGGUCAACAACUCCAUGGACCGCAAGAAGGUGGAGGCCAUCGUGACGGACUACCAGGAGAAGAUAACCGACAUCAACAAGUGCAUGCUGUUCAUCAAGCAGGGAAUUGAGAGUCUGCGCAGGUUCGACCUACUGAAGAUGAAGAAGCAUGCAUACAACCGUGACUUCCCGGGCCUCAACAACAUCUACGAGGAUGGCGCCAUGGCUGGAAAGGCCAUCCUCAUUAACGCCAAUGAGAUGAUGCGUGUGGUGCAGAUAGCCAACGUGGCGGGCAGCACCGCGGCCAGAGCUGUCCAGAUUGCCAGCAUGGCCACCGGAGUGCUCACCGGCCUCUUUGUGGGCAUGGACAUCUACUUUGUGGCCAAGGACUCCAAGGAGCUGAAGAAGGGAGCCAAGUCAGAGUUUGCAGCCAAGAUCAGGGAGGUGGCGACCCAGCUGCAUGAUGGACUGGUGGAGCUCAAUGGCAUACGGGUUGAGCUGCAGUCCUCAGAUCCAGGCAACACCAAUGAGACUAACACCCAAAACACAGAUAAUACCAAUUACAGUAAAAAAACGGACGUCUCUGAUGACAAUAUUGACAACUAUAAAACCUCUGACAACAAAAGCAUUGUUGACAACAGCAAUACUUCAGAUAACAGCUAUAAGACCAGAAAAUUCUAAACUGUAAUUCCAACCCAUCUCUACAACGACACAUCCUGUCAGCAUUAACACUACUAGUAGCAACGUUGAGGCUCUGAUUCCUAAGUCUCUCUUUCAUAGCACAAGCACCCAUGCCUGAAACUUUUUUUGUUAGACUGCAAAAUUAGAACCAGAUGAGCCAAAUACAUUUAAACUCAGUUUUUCACAAUUCCUGACAAUUAAUUCUCGUAAAAAUUCACCAUUUUAGGUCAGUUAGGAUCACCACUUUAUUUUAAGAAUGUGAAAUGUCAGAAUAAUAGAGAAUGAUUUAUUUCAGCUUUUAUUUCUUUCAUCACAUUCCCAGUGGGUCAGAAGUUUACAUACACUCAAUUAGUAUUUGGUAGCAUUGCCUUUAAAUUGUUUAACUUGGGUCAAAUGUUUCAGGUACCCUUCCACAAGCUUCCCACAAUAAGUUGGGUGAAUUUUGGCCCAUUCCUCCUGACGGAGCUGGAGUAACUGAGACAGGUUUGUAGGCCUCCUCGCUCGCACACACUUUUUCAGUUCUGCCCACAAAUGUUCUAUAGGAUUGAGGUCAGGGCUUUGUGAUGGCCACUGCAAUACCUUGACUUUGUUGUCCUUAAGCCAUUUUGCCACAACUCUGGAAGUUUGCUUGGGGUCAUUGUCCAUUUGGAAGAACCAUUUAACUUUUGACCCAAGCUUUAACUUCCUGACUGAUGUCUUGAGAUGUUGCUUCAAUAUAUCCACAUAAUUUUCCUGCCUCAUGAUGCAAUCUAUUUUGUGAAGUGCACCAGUCCCUACUGCAGCAAAAGGACCACCACAAGCAACAUGAUGCUGCCACCCCCGUGCUUCACGGUUGGGAUGGUGUUCUUCGGCUUGCAAGCCUCCCCCUUUUUCCUCCAAACAUACGAUGGUCAUCAUGACCAAACAGUUCUAUUUUUGUUUCAUCAGACCAGAGGACAUUUCUCCAAAAAGUACGAUCUUUGUCCCCAUGUGCAGGUGCAAACCGUAGUCUGGCUUUUUUAUGGCGGUUUUGGAGCAGUGGCUUCUUCCUUGCUGAGCGGCCUUUCAGGUUAUGUCGAUAUAGGACUCAUUUUACUGUGGAUAUAGAUACGGUUUCCUCCAGCAUCUUCACAAGGUCCUUUGCUGCUGUUCGGGGAUUGAUUUGCACUUUUUGCACCAAAGGACAUUCAUCUCUAGGAGACAGAACGCGUCUCUUUCCUGAGCGGUAGGAUGGCUGCGUGGUCCCAUGGUGUUUAUACUUGCGUACUAUUGUUUGAACAGAUGAACGUGGUACCUUCAGGCAUUUGGAAAUUGCUCCCAAGGAUGAAGCAGACUUGUGGAGGUCUGCAAAUUUUUUUCUGAGGUCUUGGCUGUUUUCUUUUGAUUUUCACAUGAUGUCAAGCAAAGACACACUGAGUUUGAAGGUAGGCCUUGAAAUACAUUCACAGGUACACCUCCAAUUGAAUCAAAUGAUGUCAAUUAGCCUAUCAAAAGCUUCUAAAAUCAUGACAUAAUUUUCUGGAAUUUUCCAAGCUCUUUAAAGGCAUAGUCAACUUAGUGUAUGUAAACUUCUGACCCACUGGAAUUGUGAUACAGUGAAAUGAUCUGUAAACAAUUGUUGGACAAAUUACUUGUCAUGCACAAAGUAGAUGUCUUAAACGACUUGCCAAAACUAUAGUUUGUUAACAAGAAAUUUGUGGAGUGGUUGAAAAACAAAUUUUAAUGACUCCAACCUAAGUGUAUGUAAACUUCUGACUUCAACUGUAAGUCAAUGAAAACAACCACCUAUCUCUUUAUGUUUUGCUUCUGAAAAUCUAAGAUAAGGCCAGAUGAUCCACAGACCUAUGUUUACCAGAACAUUGGAUCCGAAGCACAGUACAGUUUCUAUGGCAGCAUCCUCAUCACGACUGACACUGACCAGGACACUAUUGGACUAUUGGACACCUCUUGACUUUUUCCACAUUUUGUUGGUACGGCCUGAAUUUUAAAUGGAUGAAAUUGAGAUUUUGUGUCAUUGGCCUACACACAAUACCCCAUAAUGAGUCAAUAAGUAUUCAACCCCUUUGUUAUGACAAGACUAUAUAAGUUUAGGAGUAAAAAUCUGCUUAAGUUUCAUAGACUUUAUACAAUAAGCGUUUAACAUGAUUUUUGUAAUGACUACCCUCAUCUCUGUUCCACACACAUACAAUUGUCUGCAAGGUCCCUCAGUCGAGCAGUGAAUUUCAAACAGAGAUUCAACUACAUAAACCAGGGAGGUUUUCCAAUGCCUCGCAAAGAAGGGCACCUAUUGGUAGAUGGGUAAAAAUAAAAUGAAUGCAGACAUUGCA